AUGGCGCUCGAACAGACAAUCACCAUUGUCAACAACUCCGGCAAAAUCAUCUCGACCGGCAAGCAGCUCUUUUCCAUCUUCAAGGAAGCCCAGGGCACCUACAAGGAGAAGAAGGCCCAGAUAAAACACGACCAGAACCUCCAGCGCUCCCAAUCUUUCGAUGCCCGAGCACUACCUCCUCAGCCCGAAUAUCACGACGAUGAGCGCUCUCGCUAUUACCCCCCUCGCACCAUCGACCAGCGCAGCGAAGCCGGCUCACAACGCAGUCGUCGAUCGCGAAGCGUUCAAUCGCGACAGGAUUUCGACGUCCGCAGCCGCAAAGCCCUGACUCUUGACAACCUUGAGCGACAUACCGAGAUCUCUGCUACCGCCCCCAGCAAGGCGCCUACCCUCGUCUACAAGAACCCCUACACCGAGACCAUGGCUAUGGCCCAGCCGCGCACCAUGCCACCCUCUGUCUAUGGUGACGGCCAGAUGGUCCCCCGAAACCGAUCGACCGGAGAACUGGUGCAGAUGAAGCCUCGCAAGCAAAUCGACAUGGACCUCGCCUACGGCAGCAUGCCUCCCGAUCUCAAGGAUCGCACUGAUCUGGACCCGCAGUACGUUGACGAGAAGCAAGCUAUGGGUCUCGUUCACCGUGUUGAGGGUCUCCUCACCGAAGCUCAUUGUCUCCACCACUCGGCCACGCACACAAUGUCCGAGCUUCAAAAGAACCCAGACCACGCAGCGGCCGUUGCACUCUCGCUUGCUGAGCUGUCCAAGAUUGUCAAGAAAUCAUCACCCGCCCUGCUGGGUCUCCUCAAGUCUGGAUCACCUGCAGUUUUUGGCCUGCUGUCAUCCCCGCAAUUCCUGAUCGGCACUAGUAUCGCUGCUGGUGUCACGGUUAUCUGCUUCGGAGGAUGGAAGAUCUUCCAGAAAAUGAAGGAGGAGAAGGCAGCACGCGAGGCGUUGGCCUAUGAAGGCGUCCCUAUGAACCGACCUGCGCCUAUGCGAACUCAGAGCGAGUACACUGUCGAGUAUGGCCCAGUUUAUGACGAGGCUCUCAUUCUUGACGAUGACUUGAGUUCGAUUGAGACCUGGAUGAGAGGAAUCCCAGCUGGAGAUGCUGAAAGUGUUGAUAUGGAGCUUAUUACACCCACCGCCCUUGACACAAAGAGCCGCUACGGAGACGACGAUACCAAGUCGAUGCGAAGCACAAGAACAAGCAAGACCGCCAAGACCAGCAAGACACAUGAGAGCCACCGAAGUUCCAAGAGCCACAGGACCGACGACAGCCAUCGCAGCCACCGCAGUUCCAGAAGUCGUCGUGAUGAUGACACGAAAAGCCGACGCGACUCUGACUACGCUGAAAGCAUCGCCGACAGCGAGCGAAGUCACCGCUCAUCCAGAAGCAAGCGUUCCGAGAAGAUCGAGACAAGGUCUAUCGAUAGCCGAAGCAGCCGGCGAGACGAUGACUCACAAGUCACCAUGCGACCCAAGCCCAACCGCAACAACAGCAACAUGCUCAAGGCCCUGUUCAAGAACAAGGAGAAGAAAGAGCGGUCACUCGUUAUGGCUUAG